AUGAAUUUACUGGCCAUUAUUUUAACUAGACAUGUAGAUGACAUCAUUUUCCUCUGCUCCGCCACUGAUUUAAACGCAUAUUCUUUCAUCAAAAAAAAGGCUUUCAAAGAAGCGGCGUUUUUUGUAGCGAGAACCAUUCCUUCAAGGAUCGAAUACAACACAAAGGAAAUUAUAACACAUGAAGGAAACAUAGUAUUUGCAAUUAAGUUCUCAGAUAAUAUUUGCCCUGUUGUAAUAGCAACAGAUGAUUAUCCUGAGAGGGUGGCCUUUUAUAUGAUUUAUGAAAUAUAUAUGGACUUCUUACGUGAUAUUCCGAAAAAUGUAUGGUCUGAAGUGAAACAAGACAACCAAAUUAACUUUAAUUUAAAUGUAUAUUUGUCCAAGUAUAAGGACCCUCUGACAUGUGAUGCAAUAGCCCAGACGAACAUGAAAAUUAGCGAGAACAUCGAAAAAGUGAGAAUAACUAUGGAUGCACUUAUCAGGAACAGGGAAAAUUUAGACGUCCUCGUAGACAAGAGCAAGGAUCUUUCGACUACGACUAAGCAGUUAUUUAAACAAAGCAAGAAACUUAAAAGGAAACAGUGUUGCAGGAUUAUGUGA